AUGAACAGAAGAUUAGUUUUAUCCAUCUUGCUGCUGAUCCUUGCACACGAGGCCUCUGCGUUCGUUCCAACACAAUUUUCACAACAGUUAUCGCUGACUCAGGUUUCAAGGCCGCAACGACAAUCAUAUCUAUUCGGAUCGACAGAAGAUAAACCUACAGGUCAGUGGGACGAAGAGGAAAGUCCCGCGACAGAGGGCAAUGCUGUUGCAAGAUUUUUCUCCAGAAAAGAUGUUCAGGAUGACAUCAAGACAUACGUCAUCAGUCUCGGAUUUGCACUUCUCUUAAGAUUCACCAUCGUCGAGCCACGUUUCAUUCCAAGUCUUUCGAUGUUCCCUACUUUUGAUGUCGGUGAUCAACUUGCUGUUGAGAAGGUGACAAAGAGAAUCAAGCCGUUCUACCGAAAUGAGGUUGUUGUAUUCAACCCACCAAAAACGUUCCGAGACAUGAUCGUCCAGAAUUAUGGUCAAGAGACCGCAAAGGCAAAAGAAGCUCUAAUCAAGAGAAUUGUAGCCAUUGAGGGCGACGAAGUCGAAGUGAAACGAGGAAAGCUAUUCGUCAAUGGCGACGAACAGACAGAGUCUUUUAUUGCCGAAACUGCCGAUUACGAGUUUGGCCCAGUCACUGUUCCGAAAGAUAGCGUCUUGGUGCUUGGAGACAACCGGAAUCACAGUUUGGAUGGUCACAUCUGGGGUUUCCUUCCGACGAAGAAUAUUAUCGGUCGGGCUGUAUUUGUCUACUGGCCACCAUGGAGAGUUGGGAACAGUGGCAUGUACUAA